AUGCACGUCGCAUCCCUUCUUUCCCUGGCCCUGGCCUUGGCCGUGGGCUCGGCCCAGUCCUCGGGCUGUGGCAAGAACAUUCCCUCCAAGUUCCCCAGCCCUGGUUCCAGCAAGAAUCUGACCUUGCCAGGAACUGACCGGGAAUACCGUCUGUACAUCCCAGCCUCCUAUGACAAGAACCGACCGGCACCACUGUACUUUUCCUUCCAUGGCGCCAGCAAGGAUAUGGUCGAACAGGAAGGGCUAUCCCAGUUCUCCAAUCCAGAAUUCAACCCGGACGGCAUCGCCAUCUACCCUAACAGCAAGAAUGGGUACUGGCUCUCGAAUCCCAAUGCGGAUACAUCCCGCCCGAAUGAUCUCGACUUCACCCACGACCUCCUGACACACAUGGAGGAGCUGCUAUGCAUUGAUCCAAGUCGAGUCUACUCCGCAGGCAAAUCCAACGGCGGGGGCUUCACCAAUGUACUGGCUUGUAAUGCCACCGUCGGCAGUCGGUUUGCUGCUUUUGCCUCUGUCAGCGGAGCAUACUACAACAACACCGAGACACCCGGCGUAGGACCAUGUGCGCCCGCCCAACGCAAGCAAGGGUAUCCAUUUCUUGAAUUCCACGGGACCAUAGAUACCACCGCUCCUAUUGAUGGAAACGAUUCAAAGAAUCCCAAGCUUCCCACGAUUGACAUCUUGGAAGGCUGGGCCGAGCAGAACGGAUGCGGACAUGACGCGAUGUGGGCGAAAAAUGAGACCGUGUUCACCAACCCGCUCGUCAAGCAUGCAACUUGGAACUGUGGUGGGAACCCUGCUAUUGUGCAGCAUUACCGGGAAGGUGACAAUGGUCAUUGCUGGCCGAGUACUGUCCCGAAUGAUGAUUACACGAGUCAACCUGAUCAGUGUCCGCUGGGAAAGUAUGUGUUCAACGCCACCGCCUAUAUCUUUGACUUCUUUGGUGGGUAUCGCUUGGACACGCAAUUGGUAGAUCGGCAUCAUCUGUAA